AUGGAGGAAUUAAAUGUGAGGCCAGAUAGGCCAGGCACUAAAGUUACCAUAGACCUCCCUAAAACGAGCCCGUUGGAUGAGAAAGUUACCAUUAUCACCAGGGAUGAAUGGGGUGCCGAGGCACCUGUAUGGGAAACGGCACUCCCUUGGUUACCUUCCUUUGUCCGUAUCAUUCACACGGACGCGCCUACAGCUUGUGCGGACCGGGAAUCAUGCAUUCGGGAUCUCAAGGAGCAGCAGAAGAAGGACAAGGAAGACGGGUUUGCUGACAUCAACUUCAAUUUUCUCGUAGGUGAAGGAGGCACUAUAUAUGAGGGUCGAGGCUGGAAGUUGGACCACGAACUGCCAAACGAGUACAUGGAAGUGCAAGGCAAAUGCAUCUCUAUAGCCUACAUGGGGGACUAUAAAUAUGAAUUACCUCCGUGGGAGAAAAUGGUUGGAGCGUUCAAUUUGCUGGUUUACGGAAUUAAUCACAAGCUUGUGAGCCCUUUCAUGGAUUUCCAGCAUUUAGUGUUUGACAAAUCAGCUGGAUAA